AUUGUGGAGCUGCUGCUCGAUAGUGGUGCUGAUGUCAACGCGCAAGGUGGACGCUACGGCAACGCACUUCAAGCGGCUUCAUGUAGAGGCCACGAGCAUACUGUGAAGCUGCUGCUGAACAAGGGCGCUGUUGUUCACGACAGUGCACUCCAGGCAGCUGCAGAUGGAGGCCACCAGCAGACUGUGAAGCUGCUGCUCGACAAGGGCGCCAAUGUCAACGCGCAAGGUGGA